AUGCUCGGAUUUGGUUCCUCAAAUGCAUUCGGUAUUUUAUUCCAUAACUUCUUCGAAGAACAAGGAGGAGGUAGCGGUCUACCCCUCGUGAUUGGAGUAUAUAAUGGAGCACUCUCCAUAGCAGGUUUCCUCGGAGGAAUUGCUUUAAAGAAAUAUUCAUUUCGACAAGUGGGUUUAGUGGGUGCCGGUCUGUUUGCCCUCGGAGACAUUUUGACAAUAUUUGUCCAAAAAACCUAUCAACUUGUAUUUACUUUUGGACUAAUAAGAGGUGCUGGCUUUGGCGUCAUGAUACCAGUUAGCUUUACAACUUUUAAUUGUUACUUUACGUCAAAACGUACAGCUAUGAUGAGUGCUAAUCAAGCCAUGAGCAGUUUGGCUUCCAUUACUUUUCCUAUGUUGGUGACUGUGCUACUUUCAGAGUAUGGAUUUAGGUGGACCCUAGCGUUAAUCAUGGCCAUAGAUUUACAUUUAGUUUUCGCUAUGCUAGUCAUGCAUCCAGUUGAAUGGCAUAUGAUUGCUUCUCCUAAUGCUUUAAAUAGUGAAACCGCUACAUGCUUAUUUUUAAAUAUAAACACUGACAGUGCUAUUAAUAAAAAUAAUACAGAAGGAGAGGUUUCAAUGAAAAUGCUCCGUCAUAGUGAGGGAGACCCAGAAAUAAAUAUUGUCAAACAACGAAAACACGAGUCAAUUAAAAAAAAUAUAGCGAAGAUAAUAUAUGAAAAUGUGGAACUGGAUCUAUUGAAGGAUCCCAAAUUUUUAAGUACAUUAGUGGGACUCGGUUUUGCAUUCGUCUCUGAUGUCACGUACUUAGCCAUGGAACCUAUGCUUUUAUUUUCUUAUGGUUUUAGCCAGAUGGAAGUAACUACAUGCGUAAUGGUCGGUGCUAUAUGUGACCUCAUAGCUAGAGUUACGUUGGCUAUCUUCACCUACUUUUUUUCGGUCGACAGCCGUUUGUUCUUCUAUAUCGGCACCUGCAUCACGAUAUUUCUUCGUAUUGCUUUAGUAAGUUCCAGCUCUUUGUGGUUUGUGUUUGCUAUAACAGCUAUAUCAGGAUUAGUGAGGUGCACUGUCCAGGUGUUAUUCCCCUUAGUCCUGGUAACCGCUGCUCCUGAAAGAUUUCCGGCAGCACUGGCAUUACAUAUUCUCUUUUCUGGAGUUCUGAUGUUAUUGGCUGAUCCUAUGAUUGGAGUUAUAUACGAAGCUACAAGCAGCUAUGUCUACUGUUUCCUCGCCAUGAGCUUCUGCUGUGUAUUGUGUGUUGUUUUGUGGACUACUGAGUAUCUUGUUAAUCGCACGCGUAAGCGUACCGGCGCGUAA